UUUAUUCUCUACGGUUGUCAACGCCGGCUGUCAGCUGUCAGCUGUCAUCUGUCACUUCACGCGGGAUGCUUUGUUGCUGCUUAUUGUUACGAUUUAUACGCAUGCAUGUAUAAAUAUAUAAAUACUUCAUAUUCGGACAAUUGAAAGCUGUGAGACAACUAAAUUUGUGACACAAGAUAAAUUGAUGAAACGAACGAGAGCAGCUGCAAAAAUUCAGCAGCAAAAUACUAUUGAAAAGAAUGAUGAGGAAACUACAUCAAAGAUCCAAACAACAUCAAUGGUGGCAUUGAAGGAGAGACAAAAACUGAACUUCAAGUCUUUACAAAAUCAAAAUAGCAAGCAUGCAGGUAACACAAGCGAUGCUCAUAUUACUACAUCCUCUAAGAAAUCCAAGAGUAAUCAGAAAGAGCCAAAUACCGAAAUUCGCAUCAAGGGAGAAAAGUUGAAACCAAACACGAGUCCUGGCAAAGGAAAACUAAGAGCUGUUGUGGACUUACAGAUGAUGAAGAAAGAAUUGAGUCAAUUAGAGGAUCCUCCUGUGACACCCUGGGAAAAGGAGCUAUCUUCCAAUCGAUUGCAAUACGAAUUCUUUGAUACUCCGUGUGAGGAACUAGCACAGCAACUCCUAGGGAAAAUACUUGUAAGGUAUCUGGAGAACGGCACUAUCCUCAAAGGGAGAAUUGUAGAGACUGAGGGAUAUUUGGGCGCGAUCGACAAAGCAUCGCAUACUUAUCAGAAUAAAGUUACAUCUCGUAAUCUGCCGAUGUACAUGCCGCCAGGAACUAUUUAUGUUUACAUGACAUAUGGCAUGUACCAUUGCUUCAAUAUCUCUAGUCAAGAGGGAAACGCGCAUGUAUUGAUCAAAGCGGUGGAACCGCUGAUGGGCCUCGAGUAUAUGGAACUGCUAAGAAACAUGGAACGCAAGGCUAACGGAAGAGAAAAGCAAAUCGCGAGACGUGUGACGCGCUUAAAACAAUACGAACUUUGUGACAAUCCGUUCAAGAUUUGCGACGCGUUUGCGAUCGAGCAGGACGCUUUCGAUCGAAAACUCGCUUACGCGUGUAAUAAUCUGUGGCUCGAGAGUCAACCUUUCGUAAGGUCUCCUACCAUAGUAGCUGUACCGGCCAAAGAUUCUGCGUCGGAUAAUGUUAACUGUGACGGAUGCGCAGUGCUGGUCCGAGCUCUCGAGCCUCUGGAUGGUAUCACAUACAUGGCUGAUCAGCGCACUUCGAAGACGAAGAAAACCAAUCUAAAGCCACACGAACUGUGCAAUGGUCCUUCGAAGCUUUGUAUUGCAUAUCAGAUGAACAAGGAACACAACAGAUAUUCUCUUUGUACAUGGAAAGGUCUGUGGAUCGAGGAUGAUGGCGCAGCGGGAGAUUUCAAGAUCGUCAAAUCCGCCAGAAUCGGAAUCGACAGUUGUGGUUCGGAAUGGGCCAGUAAACCUUUACGUUACUACGUUUACGGCAAUAAGUCUGUCAGCAAAAAAAACAAAAAGGCAGAAAUGGAGAUUUCUUAAUAUUUCGAGAUUAAUUUUAAAAAAGAAAUUAGAAAAACGAAGUCUGCGUUUCUUUUCAGAUAAAAAAUGAUAUUGAGCAUUAAUUUUAAUAGCAUAUAUACUCUCUCUCU